UGCCACCACCCGAUUAAAACGGUUCAGCCUCAUCCAUCCAUCCACGGGCUACUAUACGCGCCGUGUCACUCUGUCAGUAGUGUUGCGUUUAUUUUUGUAUGUACGUGCUGCUUUUCUCUCGCGCCCACGUGCUCGUGUUUUCAUGGAGCCGCCACAAUUUGAAUAUUUGGUGUCCUUCCGAGACCGCAAGAAGUUACUUUCUGCUCAUGGACAGACGGAGGCCGAUCUUUUGGAAGCCUUGAAGAGGACAGAUUUUGGCUAUGCCUUGCCUACAUGCCGGAUUGAGGUCUACAAUGCCCGAUAUGAGGAAUAUAUAGACCCGCCAGCUGGCCAUGUCUUCUCUGAUAAAGACAAAAUUAGGCUUGUGUGCAAUGAAAACUUGCAAAUGUACUGCAGCACAAGUGACAAAGUGACGGUGGUACCUGGAGGUAGCCUGCCUGAGAAUGGUGAAAGCAAUGGGCAACAACCCAGUCAGCAGCUUACCUGCACUGAUGGCGAAUAUAAGCUGCCGCCUGUGCCUUUGGACAUUAAAGAUGCCAUUGACAGAACUGAACCUGGGAAAGUGUCCAGCAAAACAAAAUCUCGAAUUGUUGGAUGGAUUGCGAAUCAUUUGAUGACUAUAAGAGUCUACCCAGGAAGCCUUUACGAAGCAGCUUCAAGAGCACUGGUGCUGGAAUAUCCAGCACUCAGAGACACAAUUGGCACAGGCUGGGACUCGUGGAAAGUCUCCCUCAGAUAUAAAUUGGGAUAUAUGAGAAAGUCUCUGUGUACAGUUCCGGCUGUUCAAGCAGCAAGGGUUGCUUAUGGCAAACGCAAGGACACACAAGAAAGCCUAAACAAUAAGCGGCACUGUCAUGUGACUGCUGACCUGUCGCAGCACGUCGCGGCUCAACACGAUGCGGCUACAGUGAAUAGCCACGUAGAGUUUAUGAUGAACGAAGUAAAGCGGCCUAACUCAGAUAUGAUAAAGCUCCGUGACUCAAUGCUGCAAACUCGACCAGCUAGGCAGCAAUGGAUAAAGGAAAUGCGGCCGCCAACAGGAGAUGUGCUAAACAAAUACCCAGCUUUGGCAAAUGCCGAAAUGCUUCACGAGGAGUUCACCGCCCUCACUGGGGUGAAGUUGGAAGAAAAGAUUCUGCAGUUUAUUAACCAGUAUGGGAACCGCCUUUUUGAGCUUGCAAAAUGUCGGCGGUCUUCAAAAGAAGCUAUCGCAGGAAUUGAAGCGGAACUUGACAAGUUGGAAGGUGAUGAGAAGAAAUACCGCUUUGCAGUUGGCGUAUUUGAGCUGCUGCCAUUUCUCCUCAAGGAGACACCUAGAUUUCUGCAGGGACCGGACACCUACCCUGCCCUUUCAUUCAAGGGCGCGUGUGCUGCUACGGCGACCGACAUCAUUGCUAGUUUCGAAGGGUUUCAAGUAGAAGCGGUAGAUAUAAUAGCAGGCAUGACUGCACUUAUAGAACUUUAUUGGGUUUUUGAUGUUAAGUACAGCAACGUCAGCAAAAAAACGUUCACUGUUCUUGAACAUUUUUGUGGCCUGCCACCUACAAGCACAAAAAAGAUGCCACUAGUGAUACGCCUGAUUUCAUCACUUGAACAGACUGCAUAAUUGCUGACGUGCCAGCAAAAAAGGACAGCAUAGGAAACUUUAUUUCCGCACCGCGAGAAAUCGUGUGUUCCACGUUUUGGGGAACCAUCAAGUGUCGAAAUAUGCUGCUAUAAUAAAUAUUUUGAAAUGUAAAUGCACUGUGUGGCACAUUUUUCUCCCGUCCCGUCAAUUGGAACGAUGCAUACUUCUGUUCCUGCUAAUGCCAGCAGUAUAAACUUCUGGUUGUUUCUUUGACACUUGGCACUGUAAUCACAAGUGUGUCCAUGGCUUCUGUGUGGUGUGCUUUGUGGUCUAUAUAAUAUAUUUACAUUUAGAUAUUUCUCCGCUCGUAACAGCUAGGUGUUUUGCAUCAGGCUGCAUAAAAAAUGUCUCCUGGAUACCACAAUUCUACCUCUUCAGCUUGAUGACUUGCAUUGGCAGUUAUUUUACCUAUAUAAUGUAUACCUAUUAGUUAUUUAUAUGCUCAUAGUUUUGUUAUAGUCAUUACUACUAUCAUUUUAUAAGCAAAAUAAGGCUGCCACAAUAAUCAAUUCAGUUAAAUAGGUGUGCACACGAUUAUGUAUGCUAACUGCUGCAGGCAUCUGGUAUGUAUACCUCCUGGUACCAACCGCAGUGAGUAUAUAGGAACAUAGCAGCAGUUGCUAACAUAUGUUCAUUUUAUAACUUUGGAAAAAGGUAGUAGCAUUUCCUACUUUUGGGUAGCAACGGCUAGUCACAUGUUACUACCUGCUGUCAGUAACAGCAAUUGAGGGUAGAAACUGUUACAACCCUUGCUCUUACUAACAGAAGGUAGUAUUGGCAAUGGUAGUAAUAGCUACU